AUGAUUUCUUUUAUUAGGCCUUUAUUUCGUUCGUUUUCUGUCCUGAUUCGAUUCUCGCUUAAUCAUUUUGCUACCGCUGUGACCGAUGACGCCGACGUCGCUUGCCAGCCGCCGUUUCGCCGCUCAUUCGUUCUUGCCAAUCUGUUUGAUCAAAUUGUGCUCGGUCCGAUCAAAUCCCUCGCUUCAUCUCCUCAAUCACAUCUCACGACUAUGAUUGCAACUUUCUUUCUUUCUUUCUUUCUUUCUUUCUUUCUUUCUUUCUUUCUUUCUUUCUUUCUUUCACAGUCACACAUGCAUAUAUUCUAUCCAUCUAUACUUUCUUUCCAACUUAGUUUUUGCUUUUUUAUUUUUCUUAUCUUCAAUUCCUUCCUUCCUUUCUUCCCUAUCUAUCUAUCUAUCUAUCUAUCUAUCUAUCUAUCUAUCUAUCUAUCUAUCUAUUUGGUCUAUCUAUCUAUCUAUCGUUUGAUCUCAUUUUAUCUUUCUUUCUUUGAUCUCAUCUUUCUUUCUUUCUUUCUUUCUUUCUUUCUUUCUUUCUUUCUUUCUUUCUUUUCCAUACAUCCACACACGCAUAAAACAUCUAUACUUUCUUACCACUAUUUUUUCUUUUCUUUUUCUUAUUGUUCCUUCCUUCCUUCCUUCCUUCCUUCCUUCCUUCCUUCCUUCCUUCCUAUCUACUAA